AUGGACACCAAAGUGAAGGAUCGGAAGAGGAACCAAGCCCUGUCGGGGCUGGUGCUGUGUGUUGGAGGUGGGCACGGCGGAGCCCUCAGCAGCAGCACCUGCCGCCUGAGGCGUUUCUGUGCUGCUUCUUACGCUGGCAGAGGGUCGGCGGCCGUGCGCUGGGCCGAGGAGGGGCUGGUGGGGCUGCAGGCGGCCGCCGGGCUGCCCUGGUGGGCCGCCAUCGCCUGCGGAGCCGCCCUGCUCCGCACCGCCGUCACCUUGCCGCUGGCCGCGCACCAGGGCCGCCUCCUGGCCAAGUUGGAAAACUUGCAGCCUGAGAUUAAAAAACUAGCUGAGCGCCUUCGCUAUGAAGUGUCUGUUCGUGGGAAGCAACAGGGGUGGUCUGAAAAGGUGGCCAGGUUCCACUUUAAGAAGAACCUCCGGAGGAUUAUUACGGAGCUGUACAUUCGAGACAACUGCCAUCCCUUCAAAGCCACUUUACUGGUGUGGGUGCAGGUUCCAAUGUGGGUUUGUGUGUCCGUGGCUUUACGCAACUGCAGCGUUGGUGCCUCGGGCUCCGAAGUUCAGGAGCAGUUUUCAGCAGGCGGAGCAUUGUGGUUUACAGAUCUCACUGCACCAGAUUCCACCUGGAUUUUGCCAAUUUCGCUUGGGCUCAUGAAUUUGCUGAUAGUGGAGAUAUUUGCUUCGCAGAAGAUGAAAGUUUCCAGGUUCCAGAAGUUUGCUACGAAUUUCUUCCGCGUGGUGUCAGUAGUGAUGAUCCCUGUUGCUGCAACAGUCCCCUCUUCCAUGGCGCUGUACUGGCUGUGCUCCAGCCUCCUGGGGCUCUCCCACAACCUCCUCCUGCGCUCCCCCGCCGUCCGCCGCCUCUGCUGCAUCCCCCGCACCCCCUCCGACUCGCACACGCCCUACAGGGACAUCCUCUCUGCCUUGGCUGCCAGAUACAGUUUGAAGAAGUGAUGACAUCAUUUGAACUGUCGGAAGAGCUGUCCAACAAACGGUGCACGGUUAAUUAAGUAGUGCUGUUUUAUCAAGAUGUACUUAUUUGCUGUAAAAUACUGGAGCUGGGAUUAUAUUUAUUUUCCAAAUAAAUCGUUGCCCUCCUGGCCAUAAAGAGUGGUUGUUCAGCA